GUGGGAACUCUGUGCAGAUAUAAUCACCACUAUCCGCUUCCUCUAUGGCCAAUCACGCUGUAAACAGAAGCACUCAUUGUAUCGCAGGUCCUGUGUUUGAAACACUGCAAGUCUUUCACCAUGGCUGUCGCCUUAGAUGCGACUACUCCUACGACGGAUAAUCUGGCUGAUGACAAUGGACAAGCCACCAAAGAGAUUGUCCAGAAUGAGGAGAUAGCCUUACCAGAAGAUGAAGAGCGCCGCCUCCUGCGCCGCAUUGAUGGGCGUCUGCUCCCAAUGCUAUUCCUUAUCUAUCUCAUGGCGUUUCUUGAUCGAGCAAAUAUAGGCAACGCCUUAACUCUCGGGUUAGAAGAAGACCUGUCACUCGCCGGAUCCCAGCCCAAUAUUGCGCUCCUGAUCUUCUUUGUUCCCUACAUUGUUCUCGAGAUCCCCUCCAACAUCAUCCUCAAGAAAGUGACCCCGCACGUCUGGAUGUCUCUGUGCAUGACGGGCUUCGGCAUCGCCAUGCUCGCACAGGGCUUUGUAACCAACUAUGCUGGUCUACUCGCUACACGCUUCUUCCUCGGUGUUUUCGAAGCGGGCAUUUUCCCCGGAAGCUUCUAUCUGAUCAGCUUCUGGUACAAGCGCCAGGAAGCGCAGACACGCUACACCGUCUACUUCUCCUCCAUCCUUCUGGCAUCAGCGUUUAGUGGACUGCUUGCAUCGGCCAUUGCUAACAUGGAUGGUGUAGGAGGCAAGUCGAGCUGGCGUUGGGUAUUCAUCCUCGAAGGCAUCUUGACCAUCAUCGCAGCGGCUAUGGCAUUCUUUCUUAUCUGCGACUUCCCAGAUCAAGCGAAAUGGCUUACGGACCGCGAGCGGCGCUUCAUCCAUCAAAAGACGAAGCAGGACGACAAGACGGCCGACGACAAAAUCACCUUGCGCGACAUCGGCGAGUUUGUAAAGCAUCUUGAGCACCAUGUGGCCGCUCUAAUGUAUUUCUGUGCUAUUGUCCCCGCCUACGCAUUCGUCUACUUUGUGCCUACCGUGAUUAAGACACUCGGCUACAACACAGUACAGAUCCAGCUGCAUUCUGUACCGCCAUAUGCAGCGGCGUUUGCUCUAUGCAUGAUAUUGGCUGUUGCAAUUGGCAGAACCGAUGUUCGCUUUCCAUACUAUUUGCUGUCAUCUGCCAUAGCCAUUGCUGGUCUGGCUAUUCUCUUGGCGGUUCAUGAUGGGUUUUCUGUGCGCUACCUCGGUAUUUGCCUUACAGUGAUUGGGCUUCAGGCACUUGUGAUUCUCUGCAUUGGCUGGUACCUUGUCAAUCUCCACGGACACAAGGAGCGCAGCAUUGGGUCGGCGUGGAUGAUUGGUUUCGGCAACAUGGGCGGCUUUGUUGCUCCUUUUGCAUUUCUUUCAAAGUACAAGCCAGAGUACCGCCCUGGUCUAUCCAUGUGUAUUGGAAUUGCAGCCCUUGGGGCUGCAACGGCCUGUGCUUACGCGGGGCUCAUGGUUCGCAAGAGGCGUAGAAUGAUGGCCAUGGGGAACGCGUCCAGCACGCCUCUACCGUCUCUGUAGUGCAUCUGGCCUAGUCUUGCCAUAAUAUGUACCUUACUUUCAUGUUUGCAACUUUCCUUAUGCAGUAUUGCAUCGGAGCAUCUUUACAAGUGUGAGAUCUCCACGAUGCAUCUUCACAACCAAACCUAACUUUGCUUACAAAAGAUAAAAUCUAGUCCCCAACUUGAAGCUCGAUUGCAUGCCCGCACGUUUUAAAAAUAGCCUUCCCG